CAGUUUGUUCUAAAAUCUUCUUUAACAUCUGUAAAUAGACUCGACCAAAGAAGAGAAGACCUGUAUCCCUGGAGUCAGGUUCGGAGUUUACUCCCCUAAGCCCUGAAGGACGGGAAUGGUUAAGAGCUGGGUUGAAGAUGGAGUACAGUGCCCUGCUUAAACUUGCUACCGGAGAUCCGCGUCUAGUUUCAGUCAGAGACCCGGCUAAUGGAUAUACAGCUCUUCACUGGGCUGCAAGAUGGGGCAGGGGGGAGAUAGUAAAACUGCUUGCUGGAAAAUUUAAUCAGAACCCAGAUAUAAAAACCAGGGGUGGAUAUACUCCACUCAUGCUGGCGGGAAUGUGGAAACAUUUUGAGGUGUACAGACUACUGGUGGAAACUUAUAAAGCAAAUGAAGAAAUAAGAGAUUACAGUGGGCACACUCCUUCCUACUACCUAGAGAACAAUAUUCAGGUUCCAGGGUUCCCCCCAAUUCAAGAUAUGUCACAUGAUGUUCCUUCUAAGGACGUUACGGAUUCUCCGGGUCCAGGUGGGAACAAGGUUCAUCGUUCAUCAACCGUAUUCAUCCGGGACUUCAAGGAUAGUCUCAGGGAGAGUUUCCGGGACGGAUUGAGAACUGGUAUCCGAGAUAAUCUCCGAGACGGGUUAAAGACUGGUAUCCGAGAUAACCUGAGAAUAUCAAAGCAGAGGAAUAAAUCUACCUCAUCAAAUAAAGGAGAUAUGUAAGAUAUUAAUUUUAGAAAACAAGAAAAAUGCAAAUAUACAAAUAUCUACAGUACAUAAAUAUAAACACGAAUAAAUAUUGAGACCAAU